UAUUCAUGCUGCAUGCACGACGCCACGCUCAACGACCCAUAGCUACGUACUGCUAGCUACAAACCGCUCUUAAGAUAAUAACAGACAAGAAGUUGCAAAAGAACGCACUCAGUUCAUUCACUGACUUUUCUACUGAGCCAAGAAUGUCAGCGACAGAGACAUUGACCUCGACCUCGACAAGUCUUCUUGGCAAUGCGCUCCCAGACGUACCCGCAGAUGCACCAGAGCACUGUCCAGGCACCGAGUCAACAGAGGCAGGUAAGGCGGAUGCUUGCGAAGGCUGUCCAAAUCAGCAAAUAUGUGCAACGACACCCAAGGGACCAGAUCCUGAUUUGCCAUUCAUCAAAGAGCGCAUGUCUACCGUCGCACAUAAGCUUCUCGUCAUGUCAGGAAAAGGCGGUGUUGGCAAAAGCACGCUUUCCUCCCAGAUCGCCUGGUGUCUUGCUUUCGACGAAGAUGCACAAGUAGGGCUUAUGGACGUCGAUAUCUGCGGACCGUCAAUACCUCGCAUCAUGGGUGUGCUCGGUGAAUCGAUUCACUCCUCCAACGACGGCUGGUCACCUGUAUAUGUUACAGACAACCUGGGUGUCAUGUCAAUUGGCUUUAUGCUACCAAAUGCAGACGAUGCAGUCAUAUGGAGAGGACCCAAGAAGAACGGCCUCAUCAAGCAAUUUCUCAAGGACGUCGACUGGGGAAAUCUGGAUUAUCUUGUAGUGGACACACCUCCAGGCACAUCAGAUGAGCAUUUAUCGGUUUCACAGUAUCUCAAGGAGUCAGGCGUUGAUGGUGCAAUCAUUGUGACUACGCCUCAAGAAGUUGCACUUCUCGAUGUUCGAAAAGAGAUCGACUUUUGUCGCAAAGCAGGCAUACCCGUAUUAGGCAUCGUUGAAAACAUGUCCGGAUUCGUGUGUCCGAACUGCAAGGGAGAGUCACAGAUCUUCAAGGCGACUACCGGCGGCGGACGUGCGCUUGCGUCUGAACUUUCCAUUCCAUUCCUCGGUGCAGUGCCUCUCGAUCCGCGCCUAGGCAAAGCUUGUGACGAGGGGAAAAACUUCUUGGACGAGUGCGCUGACAGCCCGGCUACGGAUGCUCUGAUCAGUAUAGUCGAAAAGAUAAAGGCGAAGCUUUCGGAUGCCGCUUGACUUGGCU